UAUCCCCAGCUAGAAACAAGGUUCAUUGGUCGGAUGAUUCCGAGGUACAUACGGUCACUCGCUCAACCUAAUCUCAUCUCAUGAUACCCAUCCCUCUGUUGUUCGACGAAUUGUCUCAAAGAAAUGUUUCCUUAAGAGCUCACACACCAUCCGAUUCUUUGUUUUCAGUUCUCUGUGCUGAGAGAUUUGGGAAUUUGUGUAAAAAAUAUGCGGUGCAAAAGGCUGAAACCCACUUUCGUUGAUCUGCCGGAGGAGGUCGUCGGAGACAUCCUCUCCCGUCUCUCCGUCCGGCAUCUUCUCCGAUUGAAGUGCGUCUGCAAGUGCUGGCGCGAUCUGAUCUCGAGCCGCUGGUUCGCUUCGUUGCAGCUAACCCGGUCCAUCUCGAACCCCACCAGCCACUACCUCCUCCUCUUGAACAACAAAUUCCCCUUCAAGGUUUUCUGCACCGUCCGGGCCCCUAACAUCGUGGUUCAAGUCGAUGAGUUUAAGAAAUUGGGUGCUUUUGUGGUGGGUUCCAUUAAUGGCCUUGUUUGUAUUGCUUGUUUGGGCCUAGGGAGGUCUUGUUUCCUAUGGAACCCUUCGAUAAGACAACGUAGGACCCUCCCAAAGAGUUCUUCUAUACCCAUUGGAGAUCGAAAACGGGUUCAAGUCACUUUCGGGUUCGGGCACGAACCCCAUUCUAAUGACUAUAAGGUUGUGAGGGUGGUGAACACUACUAGCGAAGGACCAUCCACUAGGGCCGAGGUCUACUCGCUCAAUUCAGAUUCUUGGAAGGAGGUCAAGAUUGAUUUCCCUUUGCAUAACAUAACAAGGGCGAAUUGUGAUGUCGCUCUGGUGGGUUUCACUCAUUGGCUUGUCAAAAGGGGAAAUGGCAAUGAGAAGUCUUUUGUGGCAUCGUUUGACUUGCGUAGAGAGGUCUUCCGGAAGAACAGUGUCCCUGAAGUUGUGGCUGUUGAAUCGGAGCACUACAGUGCUAUAAACUUCAGAGGGCGUCUUGGAUUGCUGGCGUAUGGUUCUCAAGUUGAGCUCAGCAAGUGCCUCCAAGUGUGGAUUCUUGAAGGGGAACGAAACGGGGUCGGUGUUUGGAACAAAAGCUACACGUUCGCAAUGGAUUUUCUAAUUUCACACCAUUGGGGCUUGGCGAACGGUUACAUUGUGGUGCAAAACACCCCAAACGUGCCCUUCUUGUAUGACCCGGAAAGAAAAGAAAGGAAGAUCAUUGGAAUCAAGCAGUUGGAUGGAGUUCUUUAUUACGUGGAGAGCCUUGUCUCAAUCAAGAAGCUAAGACGCUAUAGGAAAAGUGGGGUUAAAAAGCUCAAAUAGCCAAAAACCCGAGUAGCUGUAAGUCAACUUAUCUGAACACCAUGUAUAAUGACUAUAAUCUUAGUUCCCUUUGUUACAUACUCACAUAUGUGCUUUGAUUAGGCCUCUAGAUUUUGCCUUUUUUUCGCGAUUAAUGCUAUUGUAUUUAUGUAUUUUAUUAUAACUUACACAAGAGAUGCAGUUGAUAAAGUAAACGAUUGCCCUCUUA